GCCUCCUCUGGGAGCGGACACUCGCUGAACUCGUGCUGACCCGCGCUCCUGUGUUCUGAGCCCGGGCGCUCUCAGAGGGUGCCCCGACAGGUCGGAUAGGAACUCUGUAUCUCCGCCCAGUGCUAUUUCCUCAGCGUCAGACAUAUUGAAGCCAUGGCCAUUCUUUUUGCUGUUGUUGCCAGGGGAACUACUAUCCUUGCCAAACAUGCUUGGUGUGGAGGAAACUUCCUGGAAGUGACAGAGCAGAUUCUGGCUAAGAUACCUUCUGAAAAUAACAAACUAACCUACUCACAUGGCAAUUAUUUGUUUCAUUACAUCUGCCAAGACAGGAUUGUAUAUCUUUGUAUCACUGAUGAUGACUUUGAACGUUCCCGAGCCUUUAAUUUUCUGAAUGAGAUAAAGAAGAGGUUCCAGACUACAUAUGGUUCAAGAGCACAGACAGCACUCCCAUAUGCCAUGAAUAGCGAGUUCUCAAGUGUCUUGGCUGCACAGCUGAAGCAUCACUCUGAGAAUAAGGGCCUAGACAAAGUGAUAGAGACUCAAGCCCAAGUGGAUGAACUGAAAGGAAUCAUGGUCAGAAACAUAGAUCUGGUAGCUCAGCGAGGAGAAAGAUUGGAAUUAUUGAUAGAUAAAACAGAAAAUCUCGUGGAUUCGUCUGUCACCUUCAAAACAACCAGCAGAAAUCUUGCCCGAGCCAUGUGUAUGAAGAAUCUCAAGCUCACUGUCAUCAUCAUCAUUGUAUCAAUCGUGUUCAUCUAUAUCAUUGUGUCACCUCUCUGUGGUGGAUUUACAUGGCCAAGCUGUGUGAAGAAAUAAAAAAGAAAAAGUUGUCAUUAACCAAGGAUAUCGGAGAACAAGAAGUUAAAAGCAAUCCAUGUGAUUCAAGCCUUUUAAUU